AUGGCUCAACCUCUUCAACCUUCUCAACCUUCAUUUGGUUCUAGGAUUAUUCAAUCCAUAAUUCCAUCAUGGGUUUCAGAUAUCACUCUCUUCCGACAGACGGAUGAGGAAGAGAUUGUGUCCAAGAGGAAUACCCUAUUAACAGUGACCACAAUUGUGGGUGCUUUAGAGUUUGUAUGGGCGUAA